AUGUUUAAAAUAUUAAUAAUUUCCCUCACACUCCUUAAAAUAUCAGCACCCAUUCAAGCCUUAAAAAUCUGUGACUUUAGCGAAUGCAAUCAUGAGGGUCAAUGUACUCUAAAUGAGAAAAACGAAAAGUUAUGCUCCUGCAUUGGCUCAAAAUAUUUCAAAGGACCAAAAUGCCUGGAAGCCAUAAAUCUAUGUGAAACUGAAAAUCCCUGCAAAAAUGGUGGUAAAUGUAAAACGGUAGUGGGUCAAUUUAUAUGUGAAGAUUGUAAUGCUGGUUUUGGUGGCCUAUGGUGUGAUUUAGAAGUUGACAAUGGUUUUGAAAAAAUGUUGCUGUAUUUCAAUCAUUAUGGUUUCUAUGGUGAAAAACAGAAAUUUCUUAUUAUAGUGGAAACUUUAGGUGAAAAGCCAUUUUCUUUGGAGUUUGUAGCUGAUAAUUAUGCUAUAGAUAGUUUUGAAACCAAGCCUCAACAAACAAAUAAAUGGUUAUAUAGUAAAGAUUUGCCUGAAAUUAUAAAAAGUUUACAAAUAAGAUAUUAUCAAGAUUUGCCUUAUUUGAAAGGUUAUUAUUAUAUAGCCUCUGAAACAUUUUGGGAUUUGGGCCAAUUGCUAUUAACCUUGCGUUGUUAUGACACGGAGACAGCUGCACAAUUUCUCUAUCAACAUCAGUUUGAUGUUUUGAUUUCACAACGCCAGGCAGAAUGUGUUCCUCAGUUGAAAUUUAUUUAUGGUUCAAAUACUUUGGAGCCUUUAAUGGUGGAUAUAGCCAGUUAUAAUAAUUUUGAAUUGGUUUUGAAAAAACGUUGCUUCAAAAAUUCUUAUAUUACUUACCAAUGGAGUGUUUAUAAUAGCAUUGGAUCUGUGAAACUGCAUGAUUUUGGCUCUUCGCAUGAUCUAAUAUUGAAGAUUCGUCCCUAUAAAUUAUGGUUUAAUUAUCAUGGUGAGGUUAUGUCCUCUUAUAGUUUAGUGGUUAGAAUGGUGGAGGAAUAUGCUGGCAAUAGGAGGGAAACCCAAACAAGAUGUUUUAUUUUAGUUUUACCAAAACCAGUGUCUGCCAUUAUAAAAGGAGGAAAUUAUAGAGAAAUUGGUGUUCAGCAAGACCUAAGUUUAGAUGCUACAAAUAGUCGAGAUUUUGCUUUAAAUCCAAGUGAUUUGCAAGACCUGUUCUAUACAUGGAAUUGUGUUUCAGAAGAUGAUCCAAAUGCUUCUUAUUGUAAAAAGAAUAUAAGUUCAUCUUCAAUUUUUAAAAUAAAAUCCGGAAAUCUCAAAGUCCACAACACCUACAAUUUCACGCUGUCCCUAAACUCCAAAAUCAAUAAACUUGUAAUGGAUCAAACGCAUCAACUAGUAAAGAUAAUGGAAAAUAACCAGCUCAGUAUAGCUAUGAAAUGUCUAAGAAAUUGUGAGCGUAAUGAAUUUGUACAAGGAGAUAUAAUGCACUUGAAAGCAGUUACUCAAAACAUACAAUUUUCGAAAGAGGCCUUGUUUAAAUGGACUCGAGAAGAGCAAGUUAUAGGAAAUACACAGAAUUUAAUUUAUAGAAUCAAGGAAAUAGAUAUAGUUCUAGUAAUACAGGUAUUGGUUUUAGAUGGAGCUAUAACUGGUAGAGCUGUACAAAUUUUUAAAGUAAAUUUACCACCCCAUAAUGGUUCUUGUUUGAUACAUCCCAAGGCAGGAGAGGCUUUUAUUACAAAUUUCCAUAUAAAAUGUGAACAUUUUAAGGAUAACGACAAGCCUUUAAGUUAUGAAUAUUCAUUAGAAAAUGGAUUUCCCUUGCAGAGAACUAAUGAAGGGGAAAUUUUUACAAAGUUGCCUCAAUGUAAAUUAGUUUUAAUAAAAAUCUGUGAUCAAUUCCAGGCUUGUAUAGAGAAUAAUGUAAAAGUCAAGGUUGAGGAGCUAAAAGAGGUAAAAGAGGCAAAAGAUUUAAAAGAACUUAUAACAGAAAAGGAAACAGGUUUAAAAAAUCUUGUUUUAAAAGGAGAUAUUCUUACGGCCAUAAUUUUAUUAAAGUCAAUAACAAAGUUUGUAAAAACUAUAGAAGAUAUGGCGGUUAUUUUAGAAGAAUUGAAACAUUUUGAGCUUAAAACUUUGUUGCAAGUGGAACAAUUUCUGGAAAUAGCAAACAAUUUCGUUCAAAACAAUUUGCCUUUGUCGGGUGAAAAAGCUUAUAUUUUUAAUAAAUUUUUAAUUAAAUUACAACAAGGUUUCAAGAGAGUUAAUAGAGAUCAGGAAAUUAAAUCUUUUAAAAGGCUAAAUUAUGAAAAGAGCAGCCAGGAAUUAUUGCAAAUUAUGCAAAACUUUUCUUGGUUAUGGGAAAAUAUACCAGCAGAUCAAACUGUAAAAACUCCAACAAUUUCAUCUUUAAAUCCUUUAAAGGAAAUCUAUGCAGAUCUACCCGAUUUUGAUAUUAAUAUAGCACAGCAAUUGAACAAUUGGCUGGAUUGCUCCAAGACUUUACUACAAUGUUUUAAUUUUAUGCUACUGGGAGCUAAAGAGUUGUAUGCUCCCUGGGAAGAUGUUUUCUCUAUACAGGAAAACAAUUUAUUUAUAGAAAUGUUUAGUUUUGAAAAUAACACGCAACAGGAAAUUAAUUUGAAUAAUAAUGCAAUUAAAGUUACAUUAAAUGAGGUCUGUAUAAGAGAUUUGCAAAAAAACUUGGGUGAUCAGGAAAUAUUGCUGCAAGUUGCUUCUUUAAACUCAAAUCCCUUUUGGUGGUAUCCCAGUGAAAAACCCUUAAACACUGAGGUAGUUUUAAUCUCAGCCUUAAGUAGAAAAUCUACCAGAACUUUGAAAUAUUUAAAACAACCUUUUGAAUUUCAAUUGAAAUUAAAGUCUGAAAUGAUUAACCACAAGACAGUGAUGACAGGGAUUAUUAAAAACUCUUUUCACAUGCCUUUAUAUAGCAUGGAACUGCCGGCAAAUGCAGUGUUAAUUCUAACAUUCCUAGAAACCAUAAAACCCUUGAGGUUUUUAACACAAAUCGAAAAACCAGCUUCUAGUUAUAAGGUUAUCAAAACUGGCUUAAAAGUAAAAGCUUUAAAAGAUCCUCAGUCCUUUAUUUUUAUCAAUCCUUUGAAUAAAACAUCUCAAGCCUUUUUAGCUAUAUUAAUGGAAAGCCUGGACUUAAACGUUACAUUUUUAUUUUAUACCGAAAUAAGAGAAUGUUUAUAUUGGGAGUUUUCUCUUAAACCACCUCAAUGGUCCUCCCAAGGUUGUAAACCUAAAUUGGAAAUUCAUAAUAAUACCAAAUUAACUUGUUUUUGCCAUCAUUUUUCAACAUUUGCGGGCAGUUGUUAUCCGGCCACUGUGCAAGAGGACUUGCACAAUCGUUACCUUUUAAAUGAAUUGCAAAUUAAUAACUAUAUGCUAAGUUUCUACUUUAGCUUAUUUAUAAUAAGUUUCUUAAUAUUAUUACUUAACUUUUGCCGGUUUAAAACUCAAAUCGAAAUUUUGCCUAUAAAUUCUGACCCACUUCUUAACAAAGAUAUUUUAGUACAGAUUUUUACGGGAUCCCAUUGUAAUGCCUCUACCUCAGCCAAUAUAUCACUAAGAUUCAUUUCCCAAAAAGGGCCCUUUUCCUUAAACAUUUAUCAAAAUCCCGAUAAACCUUUCCUACAAAGAAACUCCAUGUGUAAAUUUUUACUUAGCUCUCAAGAGAUUCAAAUACCCCUUAAACUAACCAUUUCCAAUGAUCUUUCAGGCAGAUAUCCCUCUUGGUUUUGCCAUAAAAUCCUAAUAAUUAAUUUAAAAACCCUUCAAAAACAAAACUUUCUCAUCGAUCAAUGGAUCUCUCAACAACCCAUAGAAAUAAUUAGCUCUAAACUAAAAGCUAAACAUUUUAAAGAAAUAUUUCAUGAAAAUUUAUGUAAAAUCUAUAUAAAUUGGUAUCAAUUUCAACCAUUAUGGGGCUGCUGGCAAUAUAAGGAUUUAAAUCGUUUGGAGCGAUGCUGUAUAUGGCUAAGUAAGCUAAUGGCUUCGGUGGGCUUAAUGGCCAGUUAUUUCGGUUGCACUUCUUUGGAAACCUAUGAAGAGGAACGUGUUCUAUACAAUUAUUUGAAUUUUAAUAUUUUCGAAUUAUUUUUGUUAGCUAUUUGGUGGUAUAAAGUUGCUUUAUAA